GCGCUGGACGGCGCCGCCGGCGGCUGCGUCUUCUGCAAGAAACACUUCGUCAGUGCUGAUGACCUGAAGGACCACAUCAGUCGGGUGCAUGUCACAGACAGACUGGAGAAGCAGUUUAAGUGCGAGUUCUGUCCGGCGGCGUUCGCGCGCUCGGCGCACCUGAAGCGCCACGUGCGCACGCACACGGGCGAGCGGCCGUACGCGUGCCAGGUGUGUCCGCGAGCCUUCAGCCGUCAGGACAAGCUGAAGUGUCACAUGGACCGACAUACGGAGGACGAGCGGCGCAAGGCGCAGACGCCGGACGGGUCUUCGCUGCCGAGUCCUACGGCCAGCAUGCAGAGCUACCUACGGAGCCUGAACCGGAGCGCACUGGCGCUGGUAUCGCCCUCUGCGCGGCCGGCGCCGGCCGAGCCGCUGUACCCGUGUCCGCUGCCGCCGGCGCCGCUCGGCUCCUCCAACCCGGGCCUGCCGUACCUGCAGACGAUCCUCGACGACGUGCAGAUCGUGCGCGACAAGAAGCCGGCGUCGUACUAUCGGAACAUGAAGCGCUCGUCGUCGGAGAGUCUGCUCACGUCGGUGCGCCGCCUGGGCGAGUGCACCAUCAAGAUGGCCACGCCGGUGGAGUGACGUCGCCCUCGGCGGUGUGACGUCAGGUGGCGUCAGGUGACGUCGGGUGACGCUGCCGGGAUGGCUGGUGGCGUUGGCUGACGCCCGGCGCUGCCGGACUACAGGACGUCAGUGGCGUCAGUGACCGGCGGAUGCGUCAGGACGCGUCGCCCGCUCGAGAUGUUCGGUCAUGCGUGGUGACGAGGAGAAAAUAUGCGCGACGACACUCCACCCUUGCGGCACACCGAGUGCAGGCUCACUCAAUGCAGCGCGGGCGCUGUGUGGACACGAAGAGUGGUACCAGGCCAGUUUUUGUAUGCCGAAUGGAGUCUCCAGCAGAAGUUUUGAUGAACACGAUAGAGCAGUAAGGACGCUGCGAACGUGUCGUAAGACAGAUGAAUGUCAACAGGGCCACCAGGAUCACGCAAGAGUGGCCGUUAUUCCAUAACUCAGCUUUAACUGCCAUCGUUGUGUUGUGCGCGUUCUCUGUUUCCCUUCGCGUUUCGUGACCAGGGCAUCUUCGUCGGAUCUCACGCGUCGCUGUGGUCGUCUCGUGCCAGCUUGUUGACGCGUUUCCUGUCUCAGAAGAAUGAAGCUUUAGUUGAAGGAUAACUUUGACGGUGUUCAAGUUGUUGUGAGCCUGUUUCGCGGCAGGUUCAGGUGUUCCCUGUUGGUUCUGACCUAGGUUCGACCUUUGAUGAGUGCGCCGCGGAUGUCGUACCUGCGCUCUUAGACGCAUUCGUAGUAAAACUCAUCCACAUGCUGAGCAAUCGUGGCCUGUCCUGUCGUUCUGAGAAGUUGUACCAGGGCCUUGAUGCAGAGUGUCUUGUGUCCAAACAAAACAGUGAUGGCGCCGUCCCGGCAUACCUCAAGCGGGGUCCGCUAAUGGCGCCCAACCCUGGCGCAACCACGUGUUACCAAAUUGUUAGGCGCGGCAUCAGUCCGGCGGUACAAAACACAGGAUGGUCAGCUAACUGGACGGCAGCGCAAGGAAGAGGGCAGGAUUUUUUGUGCUGAACCGGACAAGCCCGUCGUGCAAUAGUUGUAUUUUCUUGUACAUACAUAUUUAUUUAUGUUGUUGGGAUCGAGAAGUUUUGUACAUUUUUACAUGGACGUAGGUGUUACUUUGUUCUUCUAGCGCGGAGGUGGUUGGCCGUUGGUGCAAAGGCUCCGAGUACAGAAGCUAGGUGGACCCCAAAUUGGAGCGGUUGGUUAAGUCGUGUAGCUGAGUCAUUCGGGGCUUGACGACCCUGUUGUGGCGUCUCCGACCUGGAGCCUGGCUUGUACAGUGGUGAGGACAUGGAGGUGGAUUGCUCUCCUUCGCCAGCCAAACCAAAUGUCAGCUUUUGCCUCAUUAUGUUGUGGGGCGUGCUUUUCGCUGCGCGCGGCCGUUUGCAAGCAGGACAGUAACAGUACUUGUGUGCCGGUGGAAAAAAUCAACUCGAUUUGGUAUGGCAUUAUACGCUUGAAAUCAUUUGACGACAUGAAGCGCUCACGUCAGGCUACUGAUUUUGGAACUGGUUUCGUACAUACCGGCUAAUACGGCGUGAAAAUGGAAAUGUUCGAUUAUUAUAUGACUGAGAACGUGAGCAGCUGAUCAUUGUGUUCGUUUUAGGCAAGGCAACGUGAAUCGUGAAAAACGUGACGUAGUAUGGUGCGCCGUGAAUAAA